AUCUUGACAUCUUCCUGAGAUCAAAUCAAAAAACAUUUUCGUAUACUCUGAGCAGCCAUAUACCAUACGGCAGAGGCAUGAACAUGGACGAGCACAUGCACGGAAUGGGAGGGAUGGGACCAACGCAGCCAUCAACGAAUGGGAGCAUGACGAUGCAUCAUAAGAUGAUGAUGCACAUGACCUUCUUCUGGGGAAAGGACGCGCAGAUUCUCUUCUCAAGCUGGCCUGGAGGCAAAUCUGGCAUGUACGUGUUGGCCUUGGUCUGUGUGUUCGUGGUGGCUGUUUUCGUCGAGUUGCUCUCUCACACACGCUUCAUCAAACCUGGUUUGAACCAUGUGGUAGCAGGUUUGAUUCAAACCUUGUUGCAUGUCCUGAGGGUUGGUCUGGCUUACUUGGUCAUGCUUGCACUCAUGUCUUUCAAUGGGGGUGUCUUCCUUGUUGCUUUGCUCGGUCAUGCUUUGGGAUUCUUCCUUUGUAGCAUGGCCUUCAAAAAACCCCACCAAGAUCAGGGAUUUGAUCUUCCCCCAAUUUCAUGUUAAUCCUUUCCCUUUUUAAUUUAGUUAUAACAAUUUAAUCUUUUUUGGUAUUUUGUGAUGCUUGUUUUCAGUUGUAGAUGUAGUUUAUGCAAUAUGUUUUGGUUAAUGUUGUGAGGAUGAAUCAAUUAAUUUGCUGUCU